ACUUCUUUCCUCCUCCACUCCCCAUUAACAUCACUUAUAUCGAACACAUACACCUCCUAAACCUCCAUUUUUUUUGGCUCUCUCAUUCCCAUGCAUUUCUAAUCUCCUCUCCUUCACAAUCUCGUCGACAGAUUUCAUGGGAAACUGCUUCAACUGGUUCUCUAGGGCGGACACCACGCAAAAUCCUACUUAUGCUUCGAGAACCAUAACCAGCAGGACCGACCCUUCUUCUCUUCCUUCGACUCUGACAUAUUCGAUUUCGUCGAAUCUUUACUCGACUUCCUACAACGGAACCAUCGCCGGCGGAGCUCUUCCGGCGCGGGAACCCGAAGGGGAAAUUCUGUCCUCCAAUUUGAAGGACUUCAGUCUCAACGAUCUAAAAAACGCCACCAAAAACUUUCGCUCCGACAGUCUCAUCGGGGAAGGCGGCUUUGGCUACGUGUACAAAGGUUGGAUCGGUGAGCCGUCGUCGUCCAUGGUGGUCGCGGUGAAGAAACUCAAACCUGAUGGAAUUCAGGGUCACAAUGAAUGGCUGACAGAAGUCAACUGUCUGGGUCAACUCCACCACCCGAACCUGGUCAAGCUGAUCGGCUACUGCUCGGAGGGCGACAACCGGCUCCUGGUCUACGAGUACAUGCCGAAAGGAAGCUUGGACAACCACCUCAACAGAAGAGCUGAACCUCUGUCAUGGCAAACCAGGAUCAAAGUUGCAGUUCAAGCCGCCAGAGGCCUAUCGUAUCUGAACGACGAGUGCAAGAUCAUCUGCCGAGAUGUGAAGUCGUCGAACAUACUUCUCGACUUAGUGAGUAUCAGACAUUCGAUCCUGCAAGAGAGGGUUUCUGAAUCUCACAGCCGGUUUUUGCUCUGUUUCGAUCGAUUGCAUUUGCAGGAGUUCAACGCCAAACUUUCCGACUUCGGCUUGGCUAAAGACGGACCGACCGGCGACGACACUCACGUAUCGACUCGCAUCGUGGGAACCUAUGGAUAUGCAGCUCCAGAGUACAUCGCCACAGGCAGGCUUUCGGUGAAGGCCGAUGUGUACAGCUUCGGGGUUGUGCUCCUGGAGAUUCUCACGGGGCGACGAGCUUUCGACAGAUCAAGAGAGGGAGCAGAGCAGAAACUUGUGGACUGGGCGAGGCCUCAAUUGGGCAACAAGCACAAGCUGCGCCGGAUCGCCGACCCGAAGCUCGGCGGGGAGUAUCCAAAGAAGGGGGCGCUUGAGCUCAGCCUCCUCGCUCAGCAAUGCAUCGGAGAGGAUGCCAAGAAGCGCCCUGCCAUGUCCGAGGUCUUGGCCUCCCUUGAGAAACUGCAAGACGGUCUAAGGCAGAUGAGUUCUAGUUCAGCCGCGCUGUCUUAGGUUCCUACUCCACGGUCUAGGAAACCAUAGCUAUCAAAUUUCUACAAAUGGACAUUGACAUGAUCUUGGAUGUGUGUUUGCUUGAGUUUGCAAAUAUUUACUUGUAGGUGCACAUUGUUUUUUUCCUUCUUCUUUGGGAUAGAUUCAUUUAAAACGGGGAUUGUAUAGAAUCUGUUGUUAAAAUUUGCCUCAUCCAACCAUUUUGAGUGGAUGAUCAUACCUUUUUAUUGAAAUAAUUAAAUAAAAAAGUUCUUGUAGA